CAUCUGCCUGUCACACACUCCACUGCUGAAUAUUGGAGAAGAGCUUCCAGUGCUGUACAGUAUUCUCUCGAUUGCAGACAAGUUGAGAUAUCGCGUUGAAAAUGAAAAGUGCUGUGUUCAUCAUUUGCCUCAUAGGCAUGACCUGUGCAAAUCCUGUUUCAGACUCAGAUUCUUCACACCAGGAUUCAAGUGAAAGUCACAGUAUAUCUAAAUCAGAUUCACAUUCAGACUCUUCAUCAGAAGAAGUCAGCAUUGCCCCUUCUCCAAAUGAGACAACGCCAGGUCAGGAUAUCGUGACUAAAGAAUAUGUAGCAAGAGGUGAUAGUCUGCGCCGUAGACGUGCUGCAGGACAGUAUUCAGAUUCCUCAGACCAGGAUACAACUUCAAGUGAAAGUCACAGUCACAGUGUAUCCAAGUCAGAUUCACACUCAGACUCUUCAUCGGAAGAGGUCAGCACUGCCCCUAUGCCUGAAGAUACAACAGCUGUGGAGAGAAGAGGUGACAGUUUGCGCAAAAGACGCGAUGCUGAACAGAAUGCACAUAGCAGCUCCUCACAGCAGACUGACGAGAGUGUGACCACUGAGAGCACAAGCAGAACUGAGAGCUCAGAGGAAGAUAGUGAUGAGCGCACCACUAAGCAGAACCUAGUGCAAGGCAUCCUGGGAACAACAGCUGCGCCAGAUACGUCUGAAGAGAGCUCAGAGGAGAGAACAGUGAAUGCACCUAUAUUUGAGCCCUGAACACGACAGCCUAAAUGGCGUUUACUUCUAUCCUCUGUCUUUCUAUAUGUGUGAAUGGUUUAUUGUAUCUGCUCAUCUUGACUUUGUACAUAUGUUUGAGCCAACAUCUGACAUGCCUUACUGUUACCAAACAGAAUGCUAAGAAAUCUUAAGAUGACUUACAAAGCUCACAGUAAACACACUGGUAAACCGUCUAUUCAUCAACAAAGCAAGUACAGUUUUAUCCAUCAUUGUUAUUAAUGCUUUCUUCAGCAUCAGUCUGCUGCCUGAGCACUGCAUAGUAGCAGGAAUCCCGGACACAGGCUCAAACCUCUGUGUGUAAAGCCUCUAGCUGCUAUAAACAUAUCAAUGGAGAGCUGUGGUGGUUUACCAAUAUUAGUUAAGCACAAGCUUAUCUUAUUUAUCUAGAAAUGUGAGCAUAAUUUGCAGCAAAUGUCAUCAUUUGUGGACAGUCGGACAGGCGCACAGGGGAACAGGGGAAACCACCGGUAGGCCCCACUACCUGUAGGCCCUCCUCCACCUCUAGGGAUCAGGUUAAAGUCUCUAUCCUAGUGCACAUGAAUUAUGCAUUAUACAUAUGUUACAUUAUACUUCAUAAGAACAUGGUUUAUUAUAUAUUUACCAAGGGGCACAGAACAUGUACUCUGUAAUGCUUAGCCAAACCUCUGUGGUGGCUGGCCACACCCUUAAGCAUGGGCCCCUACAACAGCAUUCCCCCGGUGGGCCCUUCAUUACCCAGUCCGACACUGUUUGUGGGUUAAAGGCUUGUCAUGCUGUGAUCUUUGACCAGUCUUAAGUCAGGUAUAAUGUAUCACAGUAGGUCUAUGUAAGGCAUAUAACAGACCAGUGACUCCAUCUUGUGUAUAGAUGCUGCUGUUUACACUGCCAGAACAUUUUCAUGGUGCCACUACCACACCUCCAGAACCAAUGUAACAAGUAAAUGUGUAUGAUUAGCAUGUCACAAUGCUUUAUUACUGUACUAGCUCCAACAUCACCUGCUAUAAUAACUUAUGGAUCUGAAUGUUUAGUGUACCUGCUGCUGAUGUUUACUUAUCACUUCAUUUAGAGACUACUUCCAUAACACUAGGGACAUGUAUGCAAUCUCCAGUUCUGGUGCAAUGCAGAAAUAUACGUUUCUAAUGCAUGCAUCAAUACUUGACUGUGUAGAAACAAACUACCUAUAAGUUUCACGUGCCUUUCCGGACACUAUCUCCUAAUCUCCUAUGUAUAAGAAUCACAAUUGUGUUAUUUUAAAUAUGUGGUUAAUAAAUAUUCAAACUAAA